AAGUACGCACCCAUUCAUCACGACAUAUAUAUUCUUUGUUGGGGGGCCAAGAAUACAUUUUUACAGAACGUUCGUGUCAGAGGAUCAUCCACUAUGUAUCGUAUCGUGAUUGCAGUUCUACUUCUCGCAAACCAAGGUUUUGCGUUAAACUGCUACCAAUGCGGUUUAACCACCGAAACCGGUUCAUGCAGUACUGGUUCAAUUUCCGCAGCUAACUUACAGGCGUGCCCUGCUGGUUUUAACUACUGCACCACGCUAUCUUUGAUCAACCAGAACGGUGGUGGAAGCAGUACAACAACCAGGGGAUGCAGUGCCACUCCUCAAGCUCACUCUUGCAUCGGAGCCUUCGGAUUUUACUCAUGUACUGGAGCAACUUGCGCAACUGACGGUUGCAACAGCGGAACUGUUCAAUUUGUAACUCCUACGGGUGGUGGUGCUGGCAAGAAAGAGGCAACAAUUCUCGCUGUUGUUUUGUCUUCGAUUCUAAGUUUCGUUGUUUGCUCUCUUAAUUAAAUAGGAAUUUUGCAAUCAUUUUCUGAAUAAAUAUAACCUAUGUAAAAAUUUAACCUAUCGUUUUUAAUCUAACCAAUUCAAUAAUUGUAAUAUAUGCGGUUAUUAAAUUAUAUAAUUUGAUGCGUUGUACAUUUAUGUGGCUCUUUUUGGAAUAAUAUAGCACCAUUAAAAUGAUACGAAGCUUAUUUAUGACAA